UAAUGGCUUGUUGGAUCCAUGGGCUGGUGGUGGAGUUCUUCGCAAUUACUCUGAUAGUUUAGUGGCAAUACUUAUACCAGAAGGUGCCCAUCACUUGGAUCUGAGGGCUAGAAAUGCUGCUGAUCCUGCAUCUGUGAUUAAAGCACGAGAGUUCCAUAAGUAUUACAUUCAGCAAUGGAUGAAACAGUUCUAUAGGCAGCACAAAAUAUCUCCCUAUUAAGUGCACUUUAAAAGUGUCUGAAAGUGCAGAUAACCCCGCAAGUAUUAAAGGGGAGCUUUAAAACCAUUAUUGUUAACUGUGAUCUCUUUAUCCUUUUUCUUAAUUCAUAUGCAUGUUCAGAUAUUAGUCGAGGGAGCAGCAAUUACACAAAGUCUGUUGGAUUAAUAUCCUUUGCAGUCUUCAUUUAUAAAAAAAAUUAUCAACAAAAUAAUUUAUUAUAAAUACUGUACAAAAACAUAUCGUGGAACAUAUCAUGAUAUAAUAAAGAAUUCAUUAAGAAUCCAUUGUAAACAAAUUAUUCUCAAAAAAAUAAAGGUUCCUCAAACAUAAGAUCGUAGAACAAUAACUUACACUACACAUCCAUUUUAUACAAUUACCACUAAAACCUAAAAACACUAUUUUGAAAGUUUGUAGUUGCCUAACAAUGCACCUGAACUUUUAAGAGUUUCUUGCCUGGCACUACACAAAAACUAGAACUUCAUAGUCUUCUAUACUUGUGACAAUAAGGCAUCUUGGGUUUUCAUCCUUCACAUAAACACACUUCUUCCUCACUUCUCAUGAGCACGCAUGUGCUUUGUUAAGUCACGUUUCUCUGCAUACGUUCUUUUACAAACUGUGCAGUGAAACCUUUUUAUGUUAAGAUGUCGAAGAGUAUGUUCUUUAAGCUUAUCUGCUCUACUGAAUGACUUGGGACAAAUUUUGCACAAGUGCUCACGUUCACCAGUGUGAGUCUGAAAUGUAAACAUUGGAGUCAAAGCUGAAUCCAUGCAGCAAAUACAUAUAAAUAAAAAAUUCAACACAAGAACACUUGAAAUCUAUUUUUAUUAUGCAAUUUCAUUAUUACAUUUAUACUAUUGCAAAGUAGAUUAUUACAAAACCACUUGUAUACUUAAAAACUGUCCUAAUGACAAAAAAAAAAUUAAAACUACAUUUUAUCACCCAUUGUACAUUGAUCUGCAAGCAUACAGACUGUUCUGACACAUAUCAAAUUAUGAAACCUACCCCAAAGUAUCUCCAGUGACCUGCAUAGUCCAAUUAAUGCUUAAAUAAUGUAAGAAAGAACUCAAAAUAAUGUGAGUAAAUUACCAGGAGUGGCCAAAGGACGGGGGACAACAGCUGGGGCAACUUGCCCAGGCCCUGACUUAUUAGGGCCCUGAAUUGGUUUUCUUUCAAAAAAAAUAAAAUGGAUAUUUAAAUUACUAAUCCAAAUGUAACACUAGAAGUUAUUUCUGAUGUAUGGAUAAGUUAAUUGUUAAUGAAUUGGAGAGGGGGGAAUUUUUAGUUUGAAAUUAAGGGCUCCCAUGGAUUAACUGCCCUAGGCCUCAGGUUUACUUGACAAAGUAGGCCCACUUAUAAUUAUUCAUGUCCUAAAGGAAAAACUGUCUUCCAAAAUUUGUUGGCAGUAAGAAAUAUAAAUAACCAUACACAAAAUUGUGUACGUAUUAUUUAUUUCUAAUUCAUUAUCACAUUUCAGAAAUGAGACAAAUGUUUCAGCACAAGAGGCAAUGAAUAAAGCAAAGCAAAUAUUAUACCGUACAGUCAUGUGUACUAAAAUCAUUAAGGAUAUCAAACGAAAUCGACAAAAAAAAAAAAAUUGAGGACAAAAGUUUUACUGAAGGGGAAAAAGAUAAAAAUGAGAGAUAAUAAAAUCGUGAACACCUCAAUAGUAAUUGAAGCACUAAAAGUCUCAAUAUUUUAGUCUUAAAUUUGUGUUACAUACACACCUUUUCAUGAUUCUUCAAAUGUGAACUGCUAAUAAACUUGCGAGGGCACUGACUGCAACUUAAUGGCCUAGCUCCACUGUGAGUCAUAUAAUGUUUGUUCAAAUAAUCUGCUCGGCUAAAAGUUUUUCCACACAUCUGCAAUGAGAAAGAGCAAUUUUAUACAUUAAAUCUCAACAUUGUUACAUUGGCAAACUACCCUGUAAAUAA